AUGUGUAAAUGUGUACAUGAUGACAUGACAUAACACACACAAACACGCAGUCUCACAUGACACCAAAUCUCAUCUUCAUCUCAAUCGACCACACCACCCUUCUCUCUUUCUCUCUCUAAAUCUCUCUCCCAAUUCUCGAUCUGUGAUUCAUUCUUCUUCUUCAAUUCCGAUUCACAUCAAUUCAAAUUCAAUCUGGAAUGAAACCAUUUUUUCAUCAAAAUUGAAUUGCAAAAUGCCAGGAUUACCCCAAUUCAGUAAUGGAUUUUGGUCUAAGAAUCGUGAUGAUGUUGUUGGAUAUAAUCAGCUUCACAAAUUCUGGAGUGAGCUGUCGCCACAAGCUCGGCAGGAACUCUUGAGGAUAGACAAGCAAAUGCUUUUUGAGCAAGCACGGAAAAAUAUGUACUGCUCUAGAUGCAAUGGAUUGCUUCUUGAAGGAUUUUUGCAGAUUGUUAUGUAUGGAAAGUCUUUGCAGCCAGAAGGAGCAGGUGUUCAGUUUCCUUGUGGAAGACCUGGGGGUUUCAAAAAUCAAAAUAAUGGUGGAUCGUCCACUUCCAAUGGGGUCCGGAAUGAAAUUCAGGAUCCAUCAGUUCAUCCGUGGGGAGGUUUGACGACAACGCGUGAGGGUUCAUUGACACUUAUGGACUGCUACUUGUAUUCAAAGUCUCUGAAAGGACUGCAAAUUGUAUUUGAUGGCGCACGUGCUAGGGAGCGGGAAAGGGAACUGCUUUAUCCCGAUGCCUGUGGUGGAGGAGGCCGUGGUUGGAUAAGCCAAGGAAUAGUGAGUUAUGGUAGAGGGCAUGGAACAAGGGAAACCUGUGCCCUGCAUACUGCCAGACUUUCGUGUGAUACACUGGUUGAUUUUUGGUCCGCACUGGGUGAGGAGACAAGACAAUCUCUUCUAAGGAUGAAGGAAGAAGAUUUUAUUGAGAGACUCAUGUAUAGGUUUGAUAGCAAGAGGUUUUGCAGAGAUUGUAGAAGAAAUGUUAUUCGAGAAUUCAAGGAACUAAAAGAAUUGAAGCGCAUGCGUAGAGAACCUCGUUGCACCAGCUGGUUUUGUGUUGCUGAUACUGCCUUUCAGUAUGAGGUAUCUGAUGACUCGAUUCAAGCUGAUUGGCGCCAAACAUUUGCUGAUACUGUGGGAUUGUAUCAUCACUUUGAGUGGGCUGUGGGGACAAAUGAAGGAAAAUCAGACAUUUUGGAAUUUGAAAAUGUUGGAACAAAUGGAUGUGUCCAAGUCAGUGGCCUAGAUCUUGGUGGUUUGAGUGCAUGCUUCAUUACCCUCCGAGCUUGGAAAUUAGAUGGCCGGUGUACUGAAUUUUGUGUUAAAGCUCAUGCAUUAAAGGGUCAAGAGUGCGUACAUUGCAGGCUAAUUGUUGGGGAUGGUUAUGUUACAAUCACAAAAGGAGAAAGCAUAAAAAGAUUCUUUGAGCAUGCUGAAGAGGCAGAAGAAGAAGAGGAUGAUGAUUUGAUGGACAAAGACGGGAAUGAGCUUGAUGGAGAAUGCACCCGUCCGCAAAAGCAUGCGAAGAGCCCUGAACUUGCUCGAGAAUUUCUUCUAGAUGCUGCUACGGUUAUAUUCAAAGAGCAGGUAGAAAAAGCUUUCAGAGAGGGAACAGCACGUCAAAAUGCGCACAGCAUAUUCGUUUGUCUUGCUCUAAAACUGCUGGAGGAACGAGUUCAUGUAGCAUGCAAAGAGAUCAUUACAUUAGAAAAACAGACCAAACUUCUUGAGGAAGAAGAAAAGGAAAAACGUGAAGAAGAAGAGCGCAAGGAGAGGAAAAGAGCAAAAGAAAGGGAGAAAAAGCUUAGAAGAAAGGAAAGACUAAAAGGAAAGGAUAAAAAUAAAGAAGGAAAGUUUUCUGAGUCAAAUGAUGUUCCUAGCUCCCCUGAAGCCGUAAAGGAAGAACUGUCUGCACCCGCUGAUACAGAGCAAAAUAACGCCCUUUCAUGCAAGAAUUCAGUUGUUGCAACAGAUGAGCCUAAUUUAUCAAAUGGCGAUUAUCAUGACAUCCAAGAUGAAGAGUUCUCAAGUGAGUGUAGUACUCUCAGAGCGCAAGACUGUGCUUAUGAUGACUAUGAUGGAGAUAUUGCAUAUGAACAUGACAGGAAUGGUACUAACAAAGUUGAACAACCAAAGUUUUAUCGUCAAAGACUUAGAUAUAGGAAAGAGUUUCAAGUCGACAUGUCUUCAAAGUGGUCUGACAGGUACCAUAAUUCAGCUGUUUCAGAAAAUGGAGGAGGGAUGGUAGGAAGAUCUGAGCCAAGACACUAUGGAGAUAAUUUCGGAACAUCUUCCAGAGGAAUCAGUGGAUUGAACAGACAAUCAAAAGUAAAUGUUCCAAAAAUCAAUGGUCGAAAUGUUGGUCAUAAUUGUAAUGAGAAGUUCUAUAGUUCCAACUACCGGAUGAGUGAAAAAUAUGAUUUCCAUUCUUGCAGUUGUAGCCCAAACAGUAGAGUGACGAGAGGUAGUCGGGAGAUUAAAGCCGUCAGUAAGUCUGAAACUGCAGUCGAUACAUCUAGGCAGUUUUACCGUGGUAGCAAGUAUAAUCAGGUAGACAUGCAUGAGAGUAGUGGAAGACCCAAAAGCAGAGUCUUCUCAGGCAACUAUCCAAGUAGGGAUAUGCUUCAAUCAAAGAAAGUUUGGGAGCCUACAGAAUCACUCAAUAAAUAUGCUCGUAGUAAUUCAGACUCUGAUGUUACGUUGAGGUCCACAGGUCAAGUAUCUCAGUUUGAUCCGGUCAGGUCGCCUGUUGAUGAAGUUGAUGAUUCAGGUGAAAUUGACAAUGAUAGUGAUUUGAAGAGACAUGGAUUGACCGAAGGCUGUCAGAAUGAUCUUGAUGCAGAAGCUGAAGGAUCUUGCAGCUCCACAGAAAUUGGAUCUGAGGAACCUGAAAUAAGUGUGACGAGGCUAUCUGCCAUGAAUAAUUCUUCUGAUCACAGUCAAGGUAGCAUUUCUAGUUCUGAUAACUGUUCGUCAUGCUUAAGCGAGGGCGAUAAUAAUACAACCUCUUCAAACCGUGAAAAUACAGAAUUCUCAAAUUCAGAUUCAGAAGAUGCUAGCCAAAAAUACGAAGUAACAGAUAGUUCAACCUGCGUUGACAAUGGCGUGUCUGACUGUUGUGAACCUGGGAUCGACAAAACUCAUAUUGCAAAUGGUGAGGGUCUGUCAAGCAGGUCACUAUCUGUUCCAUCAUUGGAUGUAGUAGAAAGUGAAGUGUUUGUGAAUCCUGUAUUAGAAACUGCCCAAAAUUUUGAAAAUAGUUUUUCUUCCCCCAAUGUUUGUUCUCAACCUGAAAGCAUUCUUCCUCCAAUGCCAAACCGAAACAUACAAUUUCCUGUGUUUCAGACUCCUUCGGCAAUGGGUUACUACCAUCAAAAUCAAGUUUCAUGGCCAACCGCUCCCGCAAAUGGUUUGAUGCCCUUUGUACACCCAAAUAACUAUUUAUAUGCUGGCCCUCUUGGAUAUAACUUAAAUGAGGACCCGCGCUUCUGCUUGCAGUAUGGUGCCUUGCAACAACCAACACCUCAAUUUAACCCUGCAGCUAUUCCAGUUUAUCAUCCAGUUGCCAGAGGUAAGGGCUUAAAUGGAGAAGAGCUGAGUCAAAUUUCUAUUCCAGCAUCCAUGCAAGAUCAUUUCAAUGAAUCCGUUGCAGAAAGGGUUGUUCCAGCUGCAGCUAAUUCCAGAAAAGCAGGACUGAAUGGGGAAGACCGACUCAGUAAUUCUGCCAAGUCACAAGAGAGUAACGGUGGUUUUUCCUUGUUUCAUUUUGGCGGGCCUGUAGCCUUUUCAAAUGAACGCAAAACAGCUACUGCAUCUUCCGACAAUGUUGGAGAUUUUAACUCAAAAAGUUUGCAUGAUCAAGUCGAAAAAGAUCAUGGUUGCAAUAAGAAAGAGACUGCUUUCAUAGAGGAGUACAACUUGUUUGCGGCAAGUAAUACCUUAAGGUUCACAAUUUUCUAAAAGAAGUGAAAAGUUAUAAGGUGACUGUUGUGGAGUUCAGUCCCCAUUCUUCAUGUGGCACUAGAGGUUUGAGGUAUCUUGUAAUUUGAUAAACAAUAAGCUUCUUUCAGCAAUUUUUAAUUUUGAUUCUAUAGAUUUAUUAGUUGAUUGUUACUCAAUUUAUCUUUGUUUUGAUGUAGAAAAAGAUUCUGAGUGUAUUUUGAAGGUUUUCUUUUUUCUUUGUGAGAUUACAAUUAUAAGUCUAAGAGAGGCAUUUGUUCGUGCCAAAAUUUUUCAUUUUCAUGUUACAAACCAAAGUUGCUUCACUGUGGAAACUAUAUUGGAGAUUUUGAAUGAACAUUAUCAAUGUGAUUAAAGUGCUAUGUUUGCUUGA